UUCAUCUUUGUCAGACAGGACUACCAGGUGACUAAUUUCAGCCAUCUGACACAAAGAGCCACCACCACAGCCAUAGAAGAUGGGGUCAGAGAUGAAAGCGGGACCAAUGCGUGUGCUGGUCACUGGGGGAUCUGGGUUGGUGGGCAAAGCCAUAGAGCAUGUGGUAGAGCAGGAAGGUGGGAAACUGGAGGGAGAAGAAUGGAUCUUUCUCUCGUCUAAGGAGGCUGAUCUUGUAGAUGCUGGGCAGACCAGGGCUGUGUUCAAGAAGUAUCGUCCCACUCAUGUAAUCCAUCUGGCUGCAAAAGUCGGAGGACUCUAUCUACACAUGAAGGAAAAUCUGCACUUUUUGAGGGACAACCUCAAAAUCAAUGACAACGUACUACAAACAGCCCAUGAGACGGGGGUCACCAAGGUUGUGUCUUGCCUGUCCAGUUGUAUCUUCCCUGACAAAACUACAUACCCCAUCGAUGAGAAAAUGAUGCACAACGGACCGCCUCAUGACUCCAAUUUUGGAUACUCGCAUGCUAAACGGAUGAUUGAUGUUCAGAACAGGGCAUACUUUCAGCAGUACGGUCACCGUUACACAGCCGUCAUCCCCACCAAUGUGUUUGGCCCUUAUGACAACUUCAGCAUAGAAAAUGGCCACGUACUGUCGGCGCUCGUGCACAAGACACACAAAGCCAAAAUGGAAGGAACUCAUGUGCAUGUUUGUGGCUCUGGAGAUCCGAGGAGACAGUUUAUCUACUCUCUGGAUUUGGGCCGUCUCAUCAUUUGGGUCCUGAGAGAAUAUGAAGAAAUUGAACCCAUUAUCCUCUCUGUGGGUGAAGAGGAUGAAAUCUCAAUCAAAGAGGCCGUGGACAUGAUUGCAGAGGCUCUGGACUUCCAAGGAAAAAUACUUUUUGACAGCAGCCAGUCUGACGGCCAGGUGAAGAAGACAGCCAGCAACAGCAAACUAAGACGCUACCUACCCGACCUCACCUUUACUCCUCUUAAAGAAGCUAUAAAGAUGACCUGCGACUGGUUCAUAGCCAACUAUGACAUCGCCCGGACGUGAUGAGCUGAAAAUUAACACUAUUUUUUUUUAUUUACUAUGCAAUAUGGCAGGGAUUCCCAAAGUGUGGUGCGUGGACCCCUGGGGUGCGCGAGAUGAA